UAUAUCCAUGUGCUUCUAUAUAUAUUACCAUCCCAAGCGUUCUGAGCAGUACAAUCCAAGCAUGGGAGUUUUCAGGCAGGCAAUGCUUUCAUUGCUCGCAAUAUUCCUACUCUCCUUGUCAUGGCAAGCAUUUGGAUCACCUUCUUCUUCUUCUAGCUCCUUUAUUCGCUGUCUUUUGAGCCAUUCUCAGCCCUGUCAUCCAAUCUCUCGAGCAAUAAAUACUCCCAACAAAUCCUCCUACUCCUCUGUUUUGCAAUCUUACAUCCGAAACCUUCGAUUCAACACCUCCACAACCCACAAGCCUUUCCUCAUUCUCACUGCUCUGCAUGAAUCCCAUAUCCAAGCAGCCGUGCUUUGUGCUCAAAAGCAUAAUCUGCAGAUGAAAAUUCGAAGCGGCGGCCAUGACUACGAGGGCGUCUCGUACGUUUCCCAAGUCGCGUUCUUUAUUCUUGACAUGUUCAAUCUCCGUUCCAUUCACAUUGAUGUGGGGAGUGAGACCGCUUGGGUGCAGGCCGGAGCAACUCUCGGCGAAGUUUACUACAGAAUUGCUGAGAAAAGUAAGAAACAUGGUUUUCCGGCAGGUGUUUGUCCGACUGUCGGUGUCGGAGGGCAUUUCGGCGGCGGCGGUUACGGCAAUUUGAUGAGAAAGUACGGCCUCUCGGUGGAUAACAUUGUUGAUGCGAAGCUAGUUGAUGUUAAUGGCAGACUUCUUGACAGAAAAUCCAUGGGAGAAGAUUUGUUUUGGGCUGUUCGAGGCGGCGGAGCAGCGAGCUUCGGCGUCAUCCUUUCGUAUAAAAUCAGGCUCGUUCGCGUACCGGAAACGGUAACUGUUUUCCGGGUAGCGAAGACAUUGGAAGAGAAUGCCACCGACAUCGUGCAUAGGUGGCAGACUGUUGCAGAUAAGCUGGAUAACAACCUUUUCAUCAGGCUAUUUCUGGACGUGGUAAAUAUUGGAACCCAUGGGAAGAAGACCGGCAGGGCUACGUUCCUCGCCUUGUUCCUCGGAGACUCCAAAAAACUUGUCUCCGUCAUGAGCAAGAGCUUCCCCGAAAUGGGUUUGAAGAAAUCGGAUUGCAAUGAAACGACAUGGCUCCAAUCCGUGCUUUUCUGGACCAACUUCCCCCUCAGCACCGCAGACGACGUUUUGCUCCGUCGAAUACCUCAAACGUUAACUUACUUGAAGAGGAAAUCGGAUUAUGUGAAGGAGCCCAUUUCAAAGGAAGGGUUGGAGGUUAUUUGGAAGCGAUUGAUUGAGCUGAAUGCCGUGAUACUCAUAUUCAAUCCCUACGGCGGAAGAAUGGGUGAGAUUCCGGCGGAGGAAACUCCGUUCCCACAUCGGGCGGGGAAUCUAGCGAAGAUUCAGUACGUAGUAAAUUGGAAUGAGGCCGGGAAGGAGGUGACGGAUUACUACAUAAACUUGACGAGAAAGCUUUACCGUUACAUGACUCCAUUUGUGUCCAAGAAUCCAAGGGAAGCAUAUUUCAACUACAAAGAUCUUGACUUGGGCAUCAACCAUAACGGCAACAAAAGCCACCGACAAGGAAGAGUUUAUGGGAUCAAGUAUUUCAAGGGUAAUUUCAAGAGGUUGGUGAAGAUUAAGACAAAGGUUGAUCCUGGAAACUUCUUUAGGAAUGAACAAAGCAUCCCUACUCUUCCAUAUUCACGGAAGUAGCUUAAUUGGUGUCUAGAAUUUGUUGUUUAGUUAAAUCAUUUCCUGAAAACUUAGUUGAUUAUUGCAAAAUAAUUGAAGUCUUCGUUGGAAAAACAAAGAUAUGUCGAAGUAAAAUGUGUUUAAAGUUUUCGUCAGACUAUGGCAUGGACUUGCAGUUCUUUUCAUUUCUAGAAUGACGGACAAACCCAUAAAUGAGCUGUCCUGAAUGAGUAGUAUUCGAAAUAAUUUGAUGUUUCUUGCUGUCAAAAUCAGUAUCUCUUUAUGUUUGUCGUCCCAACUACCCGGCACGCACAGACUAUGCUCAGAAUCA